AACCCGCCAUUAAAAACCUUGAACCCUCGAAGAAAAUCCAGUGAAUAUUUUUCAAAUUUCGAAUUUCAAAUUCUCUCUCACUCUCUCGUUUCAAAUUUAGAGAAUCCUAGUGCGAGAAAAUGAUGGCUGCUCUCAAAGCUGAAGAAACGAGCCAGAUGCAGCUCGUCGAGCGUGAAGAAAUUGAUGAAGACGAAGAUCUAUUUGAGAUGAUUGACAAAUUGGUCGCUCAAGGUAUAAACGCUGGAGAUGUGAAAAAGUUACAAGAUGCUGGGAUCCAUACCUGCAAUGGUCUCAUGAUGCAUACCAAGAAGAACCUCACUGGAAUCAAAGGUUUAUCAGAGGCUAAAGUUGACAAAAUCUGUGAAGCUGCUGAGAAAAUUGUGAACUUUGGAUAUAUGACUGGAAGUGAUGCUCUUCUAAAGAGGAAAUCAGUUGUAAAAAUCACUACAGGGUGCCAAGCUCUCGAUGAUCUCUUAGGAGGUGGAAUUGAAACCUCAGCCAUCACAGAGGCUUUUGGCGAAUUUAGGUGUGGGAAAACUCAAUUAGCACAUACCCUUUGUGUCACUACGCAGCUACCUACAAACAUGAAAGGGGGAAAUGGAAAAGUGGCUUACAUUGACACCGAGGGAACCUUCCGUCCUGAUAGGAUUGUCCCAAUUGCUGAAAGAUUUGGAAUGGAUCCAGGAGCUGUGCUUGACAAUAUCAUUUAUGCUCGUGCUUAUACCUAUGAGCAUCAGUACAACUUGCUUCUUGGCCUUGCUGCAAAAAUGUCUGAGGAACCAUUUAGGAUUCUUAUUGUUGACUCGAUCAUUGCUUUAUUCCGAGUGGAUUUCACUGGAAGAGGAGAACUUGCAGACCGCCAGCAAAAACUAGCUCAGAUGCUUUCCAGGCUAAUCAAAAUCGCAGAGGAGUUCAAUGUUGCUGUCUACAUGACUAACCAAGUCAUAGCUGACCCAGGUGGUGGAAUGUUCAUAUCAGACCCAAAAAAGCCAGCAGGUGGUCACGUCCUAGCCCACGCAGCCACCAUCAGGCUCUUGUUCAGGAAAGGCAAAGGCGAUACACGUGUCUGCAAAGUCUACGAUGCUCCGAAUCUCGCUGAAGCUGAAGCCAGUUUCCAGAUUACACAAGGAGGCAUUGCAGAUGCGAAGGAUUAGAGAAGCGAACUCUUUGAUGUCUUAUUUACGAAUUAUGUCUGUUCUUAACUUGUUGCUUGUUUCUAUUAUGGGUAAAACCCCACAGGAUUUUUACAAGGGGAUUUAUUUUAAUAUGCAUCGAAUCAGACGUUUUAGUUUAAGUCAUUUUAUUCUUAGUUUCUUGUUUACCAUAUAAGACGAUCAUUAGGCUUACAAAACAAAACUAUCUGAUAAAGUUGCAAACAAAA